AUGACUAAUAAUAAAGCUGUGAGUGUGGCUCAUAAUGGUCCUAUUGGGGGGGUCGCUGUUACUGUAGAGGCAGGACCGGCCCGUGCAGUGAGCCAGCCGGAGCAUGUGUGUGUGACCACCCACCCGACACCCGUGCCAGAUGUUUUUACCUGGAGCCAGACCACCAUCUUAUGGGGUCAGUCCAGUCCCACUGCCCAAGUGGAGCGCUCUGCUGGGAGGUCUGCCAGCUGUCGAUCCCACCCCUCUGUCGCUGUGUUCGUGGGGGUAUGGCCCCUCGGCUCAGAGCAUCAUCCGAUAUCCGUGAAAAGCUCGGAGCUGCAGCAGGAGCGCCAGGCCCGGGUCAGGCAGUCGGACCUGGCCUCCUGCCCCCUCCGAUGCCCCCACCCCCCCUGCCCUCCCCCCCCCUUUGGUCCUGCUGGGUUUGUUUUAGCUUGGGUUUCAUUCCCGGCCGGUGCAGAUCUCACUCAUUCUUCUGCCAUCGUUCCCAUGGCCUCGCGGACGCUCUUCCAGCCACGCCCGAAGCACGGAGAGAAAGGCCUUCUCCUGCCUCCUUCGAAACGUCCAUAUCUUCACUGCGUACUCUACAUCAAAACAGAAGAUGGCCUGAGUCACUCACCGGGACAGACGGGGCUCCUGGGAUACUCCAACUUCAGCAGCCCUCCUCCGAGUCAAAGUCUGUACAGUUACCCCCAUACACACGGAGAGUACCACACACCGCCCAGCCCCCCUACCCCGGGAAAAGAGGAGGGAGUCCCGUCCAGAAGAGCCCAGGACGGAAAGCUGCGGGGCAGGAAGAGAGUGAACGAACCCGCGCCGCCGCUGGACUCCGACAUCGAGAGAGUGUUUAUCUGGGACCUGGAUGAAACCAUCAUCAUUUUCCACUCGCUCCUCACGGGAACCUUCUCCUCACGAUUUGGCAAGGAAUGUGACCAGGUUCACAUCGACGACGUGGCUUCAGACGACAACGGACAGGACCUGAGCACGUAUAACUUUGGGUCAGACGGCUUCCAGACUCCAGCGGGGGCCGGGUCGCUCUGCCUGGGGUCCGGGGUCCAUGGAGGAGUGGACUGGAUGAGGAAACUGGCCUUCAGGUACCGGAGGGUCAAGGAGAUCUACAACACCUACAAGAAUAACGUGGGAGGUAAGGAGAGCUGUUUCGAGCGUAUAUCUCAGCGGUUUGGGAGGAGGGCGGUGUACGUGGUCAUUGGAGACGGCGCGGAAGAAGAGGCCGUGGCCAAAAAGAAGAACAUGCCUUUCUGGAGAGUGUCCUGUCGGGCAGAUCUGGAGGCGCUGAGCCAUGCACUAGAGCUGGACUACCUCUAG